GCGAGCCGGAGGAGGCGGCGGCGGCCGCGCGGGUACCGGGCCUUCCUCGAUCGCGAGGAUCUCGAGGGGCGAGGGGAUCGCCGGGGAGGGGGGCCGGAGAGCCGCGACCGCCGCGCGGCGCGCCCCUUCCCGCCCCCUGCACCAUGAGCUGGGGCACCGAGCUCUGGGAUCAAUUUGACAACUUAGAAAAACACACACAGUGGGGAAUUGAUAUUCUUGAGAAAUACAUCAAAUUUGUAAAGGAAAGGACAGAGAUUGAACUCAGCUAUGCAAAGCAACUCAGGAACCUUUCGAAGAAAUACCAACCUAAAAAGAACUCAAAGGAGGAGGAAGAAUACAGGUACACGGCGUGUAAAGCCUUCCUUUCCACCUUGAACGAAAUGAACGAUUACGCCGGGCAGCAUGAAGUCAUCUCGGAGAACAUGACCUCCCAGAUUACCGUGGAGUUAACACGCUACGUCCAGGACCUGAAGCAGGAGCGAAAAUCGCACUUUCACGAGGGCCGCAAGGCCCAGCAACACAUAGAGACCUGCUGGAAGCAGCUCGAAUCAAGUAAAAGACGAUUUGAGCGGGAUUGCAAAGAGGCUGACCGAGCACAGCAGUACUUUGAGAAAAUGGAUGCGGACAUCAACGUUACAAAAGCAGAUGUCGAAAAGGCACGACAACAAGCUCAAACUCGUCACCAAAUGGCAGAGGAUAGCAAAGCGGAUUACUCAUUGAUUCUUCAGAAAUUCAACCAGGAGCAGCGUGAAUAUUACUACACUCACAUUCCCACCAUCUUUCAGAAAAUACAAGAGAUGGAGGAGAGGAGGAUAGUGAGAGUUGGAGAGUCCAUGAAGACCUACGCCGAGGUGGAUCGGCAGGUGAUCCCAAUCAUUGGGAAGUGCUUGGAUGAGAUAGUCAAGGCGGCCAAAUCAAUUGAUCAGAAAAAUGAUUCACAGCUGGUCAUAGAAGCUUACAAGUCAGGCUUUGAGCCGCCCGGAGACAUUGAAUUUGAAGAUUACACUCAGCCGAUGAAGCGCACCGUGUCCGAUAACAGCCUUUCGAACUCCAGGGGAGAAGGCAAACCAGAACUCAAAUUUGGUGGCAAAUCCAAAGGAAAGCUAUGGCCAUUCAUCAAAAAAAAUAAGCUUAUGUCCCUUUUAACAUCCCCCCGUCAGCCUCCCCCUCCUCCCCCUGCCUCUGCCUCACCCUCUGCUGUUCCCAACGGCCCCCAGUCUCCCAAGCAGCAGAAGGAACCCCUCUCCCAUCGCUUCAACGAGUUCAUGACCUCCAAACCCAAAAUCCACUGCUUCAGGAGCCUAAAGCGUGGGCUUUCUCUCAAGCUGGGCGCCGCGCCAGAGGACUUCAGCAACCUCCCGCCCGAGCAGAGGAGGAAAAAGCUGCAGCAGAAAGUCGACGAAUUAAAUAAAGACAUUCAGAAGGAGAUGGAUCAAAGAGAUGCCAUAACAAAAAUGAAAGAUGUUUACCUAAAGAAUCCUCAGAUGGGAGACCCAGCCAGUUUGGAUCACAAAUUAACAGAAGUCAGCCAAAAUAUCGAAAAGUUGAGACUAGAGGCCCAGAAAUUUGAGGCGUGGCUGGCGGAGGUUGAAGGCAGGCUCCCAGCGCGCAGCGACCAGGCCCGCCGACAGAGCGGCAUGUAUGACACCCAGAGCCCAGCGACCGUCAACAACUGCGCCCAGGACCGCGAGAGCCCGGAUGGCAGUUACACAGAGGAGCAGAGUCAGGAGAGUGAGGUGAAGGUGCUGGCCACGGAUUUUGACGACGAGUUCGAUGAUGAGGAGCCCCUCCCUGCCAUAGGGACUUGUAAAGCUCUCUACACCUUUGAAGGUCAGAAUGAAGGAACCAUUUCAGUAGUUGAAGGAGAAACACUGUACGUCAUAGAGGAGGACAAAGGUGAUGGCUGGACCCGCAUUCGGAGAAGUGAAGAUGAAGAGGGUUAUGUCCCCACUUCCUACGUCGAAGUCUAUUUGGACAAAAAUGCCAAAGGUGCUAAGACUUAUAUUUAAUACAACUUUGAAACAUUUUUUUAAAAAUUGGAGUUGUUUCUCCCCACACCUGUGACUGUUACAGGCAGUUCUUCAGAAGCCUGGAUGGACAACACCACCGUCUAUGUCCCUGUAGCCACACGGUGGACUCAUAGGCAUCUCACACCUGAAUUUCUUUGGUUAGUCUUGACUCUAAUCAAGUUUCACUUGUUGAUGAAAUUUUCUGUGGAAAGCUGCCAGCUGCCAAUUUGCAACUGUGUCAUUUGAAAUCUGAUAAACGUUUCCUCUUUCGGCAGCACCACAGAUAACAAAACAAAGCUGCCUUCUAGCUUCUAAUCAGUAUUUCUGAAUUUAAAAGUCCACUUACAUCAUAGGGGUGCAGAAGACCUCAGUUCUCUUAUUUAUAUCUAGUACCUGCCAUAAAUUGAAGUACCUUAGACUGUUACAGUUUGUAACUUAAUAAAUUGAACUACGCUAGUUUGUUAAAUUUUAUAAUCAUUCACUAUGGAGGAAGUCAUAAAUAAAAGCUCCCCUUCUUAAGUAAAGAAGGAAAUAAGAUUCUUACAUUGGUACCAAAAGUGUGUAUUUUUACUUAAACGUGGUUAAGAUCAUUGCUAGAUCAUCAGGAUUAUCCUCUUAGGUCUAUACGGUCCCGAGCAACCGACUGAAAUCUGGAAAAAUCUGGCUGAUCACCCAGUUGAGUUUUACCUAUGACUGCUGAUCUCCCCUCUGCCAACUGACAGAGUCGAUCAGAUGUGCUAGUGCUUUUAGAUAAACUUAUAUAAAAAUGGCGCACUUCAUUCUGUUCUGUUGGAAGUUUUGUGGCAACUAUUCAGCUCACACCUCCCCAGCUGGGACUCUAAAUAGAACCCAGGGCAGCAGCAGCUGUUUCUACACACAGACCCCUGCACGUCACUUUUCAAAGAUGGGAUUGGGUGUGUGUGUGUGUGUGUGUGUGAGGAAGAUUGGCCCUGGGCUAACAUCUGUUGCCAAUCGUCCUCUUUUUGCUUGAGGAGGAUUGUCCCUGAGCUAACAUCCGUGCGAAACUUCCUCCAUUUUGUAUGUGGGCCAUGGCCACAGCAUGGCUUGAUGAGUGGUGUGUAGGUCCACGCCCGGGAUCCGAAUACGUGAAUCCUGGGGGACGCCAAAGUGGUGCAUGCAAACCCAACCACUAUGCCACCAGGCCAGCCCCAGGACUUUUUGGGUUUUUUUAAUCAUUGGCAUCUUUAAAACCCAAAGUGUGAAUUUACUGAAAAUUGUUUUAGAAUUUCCAGUUCAUUUUAUAUAAUCAAGUAUAGCCAGAAUAAAAUAAAAUGUUUCCCCAUCUUUAAAGGAAUCUGGGUCACAUGGGGAUUUGCAUUUUUAAAUUGGCCAGACAGGUAGCGAAGUAGUCGGUCACAUGCAUAGAGGAGUACCGAGCCCAGGGUUCCUGCCCAUUUUGAGAAUCUGCCCUGAGAUCAUGGAGAAUCAGCUAUAAGUGGGUCAGAAUGAAGAUGGUGGGUUGAGAGUCUCUUUUUAUUUAGCUUUGAAAAUUAUUCAUGUCAAAUAGGAAAUUAGCUCCUUGCCUUUACGUUGUGGGCUCCUUUUAUAAGCUCAAGUCCAUUUAGAGCUUAUUCUAAAAGGGACAGCAGCCUAUCGGGGGCUGGGACUCAGCAGGAGUGAGGGGUGCUGGCUGCAGAUUCUAGCAGAAAGGUCACUGACAUUUCACAAAGGUCACCAAAGUGGAAUUCAGUCACCUUUACUUAAGACAGCUUGAUUUUUAAAAUGCUUUUUAUUUUUAAAUAAUUAUGGAUUCUCAGGAAGCUGCAGAGGUGGUACAGAGCAAUCCCGUGUGCCCAUCCCCCAGUGUCUCCCCGUGGUUGUAUCUGCCACAAUUGUAGUACAGUAUCAAAAGCAGGAAACAUUGAUUUUUUAAAUAUUACUUUGUAAUUCACAUCUCUUUUGAAUUAUUAUACCUUUGCUGACAUGAUAUCGAUAAAGCCACUCAAGGAAAUCAUUUCAGGUCUCCUUUUCAAGUAUUGCAACAAGAAAGUCAACUGACCCUUACGCCAGAGAGAUUUGUUUCCAUGAGCAGUAGGUGGUCACAGCUGUGGCCAUGUCACCAAGCGAAUGGGAGACUCGAGUUAAUAAAAUCCGACCUUUCUAUCCCACGAUGAACUCAUUUCCAGACUAUGAACUAUUGGAGAAAGUGAACUCAGUGCUGAAAAAGUCUUAAACAGGGCAAGACAUUAGCCUUUUAAAAGCCUGCCUUGAAAAGGACGGCAUUCCUUGAAGUUGGGUUUUUUCCUUAGAGUUGUGCAAAUUUGAUUCAGAAGAUCCCUCAGUAGGCUCCAGGGGCCGGUGGGUGGUCUGAUCCUUAGGAAGCUGUGUGCCUCCGGGCGGGUAACAGAUGAGUCUCUGGAAUCUGUCUCAACAGUGAAAGAUAUGUUGCCGGUCUACUUCCGGCUCCUGAAUGCCGGAAGCGUUAGAAAAAGCAUGGGAACAAUUGCCAGAGAAGUAGGAUUUCCAUUUCCACCCAAAGUAUACUUUGUUUCUUCCAACAGUUACCUGUUAAAAGCAGGCUUGUUUAUGAAGUUUUCUCCUUUUAUUUUAGAGACAAUGUACAUGUGGAAGCCCUCUUCCCUACCUUGUUGAUACAUCUGUUCCCCACAGACACGACCCUUAAACCCAUCCCAGCGGGCGGGGCUGCCGCUCUGAUGCCCCGUACUCAGAGCAGGAGGCUCAUUUUCCGCAGUGGGCGGGGCUCUUUUUGGUGUGUGUGGUGUCUACGAUGUGACGAUUUAAUAACUGCCAAAAUAUUUAGACUAGAGCAACUUCCACUUGGUCAACUGGAUUGUGACUGUCCUCUUUGAUGGUUGUGCUUUUGAAAAUUGCUCUCUGUUAAAUAUGUCCCUAAUCCCCCACCCCAUAUAUUUGUAUAUACUGCCAUUUAAAAACUAAAAGGAUGACUUGAAUUCGUUGUUUUAACGUUUGACUCUUUUAUCUGUUUGUUUUAUUGCUGAUUCUGCUGCCUAAUGACCUUUCUGCUUUGUAAGGCGGCGGGGCAGCGGCCCGGACUGUUACCCUGUAGCUAGGCCCCCUGCUGGCUGCUCCACACUUGAGUUUAUUAUAGACACUUGGGUUCUGAGUAAGUUUGUUUGAAUAUGGCCACCAUGAUUGUUUCUCUCUAUUCUUAUCCUAAAAGAAAAGAAUCUGUCUGGCACCUUUUAGUUGUACCCUCAUAUCUGCCUCUCUAAUAAACAUUAUAUUUUUCUCA